CACGCCCCUUCCGUGGCCGGGACCCGCGCUUCCGCUUCCGGCGGUGUGAGUGGGACGCGCGGCGUGGUGUGGCGUUUCGUGGUGAUGGCGGCCGGAGGUAGCGAUCCGCGGGCCGGCGACGUAGAGGAGGAUGCCUCACAGCUUAUCUUUCCCAAAGAGUUUGAAACAGCGGAGACACUACUAAAUUCAGAAGUUCACAUGCUUCUGGAGCAUCGAAAGCAACAGAAUGAGAGUGCAGAGGAUGAACAGGAACUUUCUGAGGUCUUCAUGAAAACUUUAAAUUACACAGCCCGUUUCAGUCGUUUCAAAAACAGAGAGACUAUUGCCAGUGUCCGCAGCUUGUUGCUCCAGAAGAAGCUUCAUAAGUUUGAGUUGGCCUGUUUGGCCAACCUUUGCCCAGAGACUGCUGAGGAGUCGAAGGCUCUGAUCCCAAGCCUGGAGGGGCGGUUUGAAGAUGAGGAGCUGCAGCAGAUUCUUGAUGAUAUCCAGACCAAGCGCAGCUUUCAGUAUUAAUCUCCAGAUACCAUUCUGCUGCUGAGGGCACGACACCCCAGCCCAGCACCACUGUCCCGGUCUCUGGAGCUGACUUACACAGAAAUUGUAUGGCAGAAGACACUUGGUGUAGGUUGCUGUGUCGGACUUGACUAGUGGACCUUGAUAACCUGACCUUGCCUCUCAGAAGGGUGAGAUGGGGUGAUGUGCUCAUAUGCUACACUGUUGACUACCUCAUACCACAGUUUUGGUCCCGGUGGUAUUUCUAAAAAUUUUUUAAGUCAUCUCUGCUCCCAGCAUGGGACUUUAACUCAUGACCCCAGGAUCAAUUGACGCAUGCUCUACCAACUGAUGCAGCCAGGUGCCCCCUUUUUAAGAUUUUAUCUUUUUAGCUCCUGUGUUAUUUUUGAUUCCUAAGAUUUCGUGUUUAAUAAUUUCAAUCUGUUUAUAGUUCUUAAAACUAAUAGAAUGUAUAAAACUGGUAUAGGAAGCAAUAGUCUUAUCUCAAUGUGAAAGGAAGAAUUAAGGGGGGGCCACUGGCUGGCUCGGUCAGUAUAGCAUACAAUUCUUGAUCCCAGGGCCAUUAGUUCAAGCCCCAUGUUGGUCAUGGAGCCCAGUUAAAAAAACAAAACAAACAAAAAAGCCCAAACAGGGGUCCCCAAAUAUAAAUGCAAAAGGAAGAAUUAAACCAGAUCUGUAUCGUCA